AUGGAAGAUGACAUCAAAGCGGGACGGGAGAGGAAGAAGAAGCUAAAGCAGAGAAGAAGGAGCGUGCGCCCCGCGAGAAUAGCCUCAGUACAAGUGAAUGACUGUUGGAUUUGCCCUGCACAGCAGCCUAAGCAGGCACAGCCGCAUCUACGUAGCACGCACUCCGCACUGAACCCACCGGACCUGGCCAGACACAGCCGGAACAAUACUUCGAGGUGGCUGGACGCUCUGGAAGGUGAAUUGCGCUUUCUAAAGAGGGAUCAAAUUGAGAAGAAUGAAUUGGUUGUCUUUGAUGCUGUUGCCAUCUCGAUGGAGUUACAGGCCCAACGACAGGCUCUAGUAAUCAGCAGGUUACUCGAGCUGAUUCUGAAGGGUUGGCCUCGACUUUGCUGUAGUGGACGAGAUGAAGUGGCUCGUGUCCCUCGUGUGCCCACCAAGCUCGUGACAUCCUCCCCGGUGCUCAGGCACAUGAUCUCGGGCACUUCCGGAACAUCACCUGAUUCAAAACUUCAAGGUUGGCUGCCGCUGUUGCAGUUGAGUUGGACUCUUUCGUUGAAAUUGCACGUGACGCAAGGCGGUCUCAAAGCCCGAACUUCGUCUCUGAUCCUAAGCCUGUGUAUUCCGCUUUCUGCAUCGUUGUAUCAGACCUCCCCGUCCUUCUCACAGUCCCAAUCCGUCAAGAUGGUUGUUUACUACCAGGUCGCCGGCAAGAAGGUCGGCUCUCACGUUCUGUCCAUGGCUGUCCUCGGCUCCAUGUUUGCCGGCUCUUACCUCGCCAUGAGCGGUGGCUCCAAGCCCAAGACCGCCGACGGUCCUCCCAUCAACGCCGCGUCCAAGGAAGAGGGAGACUUUGUCCAACAAUUCCUGAAGGAAAUGGAUGGAGGAGACAAGUCUCAGAAACACUAG